AUAAGAGCAGGAAAGCAGUUUUGUUUUUUACAAGAGUACCGGAAUUGUCAAAACAACAUUAUCAGUUAACGACUGCUCCACAUUUACGACAUUGUAUCGAUUGACGUUCCGGAUUAAUCUGGAAAGGACGAGAUAUAAAAACUCGCGCAAAAAAGUUAAUUCAGAAAGUGUUACAGAAUAUGUCAGUGUUCUCGACGUGUUAAUUCUGAAAAAAGUGGACUUUGAUAUAUAGUUUUGUUAAAAACAUUUAUAUUGUUUCAAUUUGUAUAGUAGAAUAGGAGAAAAAAAGCAAACAUUAAGUAGAGCUAAAAGAGCAUGGAAACCAUGGCAACGAGUGAAAAAAUGAAAGAAGCUUGUAAGGAUGAUUACAGUCAUGAGCGGGAGCCCUUAGAACCCUCUACGCCAACCGACACAGCCACGUUGUCUAGCGAGGGUUUGAAACCGGAAGUUCACGAACGCGAGCAGUGGUCGCGAAAAAUAGACUUCCUGCUGGCGUGUAUAGGAUUUUCAGUGGGUCUAGGAAACGUUUGGAGAUUUCCAUUCUUGUGUUACAGAAAUGGCGGAGGUGCAUUUCUUAUACCUUACUUCAUCGCCGUUCUGUUUGGGGGCAUCCCAAUGUUCUUCCUUGAAGUAUCUCUGGGGCAGUUUAUGUCUGAAGGUGGUAUAGGGACAUGGAAGAUUUGCCCUCUCUUUCAAGGAAUUGGGUAUGCGUGUGCAGUUGUUGUCUUUCUUCUCAACUGCGAAUACAACAUCAUCUUGACCUGGGCGUUUUACUAUCUGUUCUCGUCAUUCACGUCUGUUCUACCUUGGUCUAACUGCGACAACGAAUGGAACACGCCCGACUGCCACGUGGAUCACCGUCAGUAUUCGAAAUCUAUAAACAAUGCCACGGAGACCUCGACCAUGACCUACAAUUCAUCAGUGAUUGCGUCAACUGUCUCCUCUCUAACAGCAGUAACAUCCAAUGUCACUGAAACCAUCUCAGUCAGGAUUACGGAUCCUGUAACAGAAUACUGGGAGCGUAAAGUGCUACGACUCUCUGACGGCGUUGGUGAGCCGGGUAUCAUCAAAUGGGACCUAUGUCUUUGCCUUCUCCUAGCCUGGAUCGUUGUCUAUUUCUGCAUCUGGAAGGGAAUAAGAAGCUCCGGAAAGGUUAUGUAUUUCACCGCUACCAGCCCUUACAUUUUGAUGUUCAUCCUGCUGAUCCGCGGUGUCACGCUAGAGGGCGCAUCAGACGGUCUUAAAUUCUACCUGGUGCCAGACUUCUCGAGGCUACUAGAUCCUCAGGUAUGGGUCGAUGCGGGUACACAGAUAUUCUUUUCAUACUCAAUAGCUCUGGGAACCCUUACAGCUCUGGGUAGUUACAACAAAUUCAACCAUAACUCCUACAGGGAUACAUACUUGUUUGCGAUUGUGAACAGUUUCACAAGUGUUCUCGCAGGUCUCGUUAUCUUUUCUAUUCUUGGCUUUAUGGCGAAGAGACAGGGAGUGUCUGUGGCAGAAGUAGCAGAAUCUGGUCCAGGUCUGGCUUUUAUCGCCUACCCGGAAGCAGUGUCUCAAAUGCCCAUUGCUCCAUUCUGGUCAUGUUUGUUUUUCUCAAUGGUCAUUCUUCUUGGCCUCGACAGUCAGUUUGUUGGUGUCGAGGGGUUCAUUACGUUUAUGGUAGAUCUGUAUCCUCAUGUAUUUAGGAAAGGUUACAGAAGAGAAAUUCUGAUUGGCAUUGUUUGUGUCUUCUGCUUCUUGGUUGGUUUAUCCAUGGUAACCGAGGGAGGCAUGUAUGUGUUUCAGCUAUUCGACUACUACUCGGCGAGCAGAAUAGUCUUGGUCGUAGCCUUCUUCGAGUGUAUGGUGGUAUCGUACGUCUAUGGUGCAAACCGGUACCAAGAUAACCUAGAAAUGAUGUUCGGGUUCCGAGUGUCACCUUUAGUAAAAUACAUGUGGAUGAUCUUUACACCCAUUUUUACGAUGGUGACAUUUAUAAUGGGAGCCAUAACCUAUUCUGAAUUGUCCUAUGAAAGGAAAUUCAUCACCUACCAAUAUCCAAGAUGGGCCAUCUUGGUUGGGUGGACUUUGGCCUUGUGUUCAGUUCUGUGUGUCCCUGUCGUGUUUGGUUACAGGUUGUUUAGACAAGAAGGCUCUGUUUCUAGGCGGUUUAUGGAGACAACAAAGCCAACGCUGAAGAAACAUCAGAUACGAAUUGGAGAAGAUCUGAGCAAGAUCAACCUUGCUAACGAUAAUUUGGAUCAGCAUUUCCCAGAUAUAACAGGUCUCAGUCCAGGCUCUGUGAUGCAGCUAGAAGGAAAGGACAUUUACUGUGAAAACAACGAAUAUUCACCAGCUUGAUAUUGUGUGUGACAGUUUAUAAUUAUGUUGAGUGUAAACGCAUGUACUUAAAUAUGCAGCUAUGGUUGUAUAUUUGUACCAAAAUGAUAUCAUAAAUAAAUGAGUAUUUCAGAAAACUAUAAAAAAGUACUUGAAAUCUCGGAAAACAAUGAGCAGUGACGUGGAGCGGGAAUAGUCUUUCUUAGUGUGGUGUAUAUACGUUUGCUUACAUGUUUUCAAUAUGAUUUGAGUGCUUCAUCUGUAAAUACUGCAAACAAACUACUGUGGUUUGUAUAGUCAUCUAAAACAUUUAGAUUACAUUCCAUGUAGCAUGUGCAACAUAUCAUUGAUCUCUUUUUCAGCUCAUCAGCGGUACAAUAAACUGCAAUUUAUAGUUGCAAAGCUUACACUAUGUUAGCAACAUCGCUUGCUAGUAUAAGAUAGCAUCGUUACGAGUCCUGCUGUAUGUUAGAAACAAUGUGAAGCUUGCAGUAAGUUAGCAAUAUUGCAGGGAUAGCUGAAUGUUAAAAAAUAUUGCAGUUUGUUCUGUGUUAGCAUCGUUGCAAUGCAUUUUAUGUUAACAACAUUGCAAUUCGAUAUGUGAACAUAAAUUGAGGGGUACUUUCAUUUCUUAUGACAUUUCACUACCAUUUAUAUGGUACUUUUAUCACUGCCAACUUAACAUGACAGAGAUUUUAGAAAUCAAAUUAAUUUUAGUCAGGAGUUUGACUUUUGUAUAUAAUGAACAAAAUAUCAGCGCAUAAUAAAUGAGAGUUUACAGUUUGAUAACAACUUCAUGUUCUAUCAGAAUGUUUCAUUGAACAUUAAUUAAUCCUGUUAAACAAUAAUCUAGUAGAUUUUUUGAUGAACUGCUGAAAUUUUCUUCAUACCAAUUUUGUAUGUUCUUGAAAGGUUCCACAUUUAGCAUACUACUAAGAAUGAUAGUAGAAAUAAACUAUGACAUGAGCUUUUUAUAGGACCAACUUCAAACUGUUUUUCUAUGCAUAUGAAUAACACUUGUACUUUGUUUUUGUCUAUUGUGAUAACUCGAAAUUGUAGGGCGUUAAUUAGAUGAAAUCAGACCAUUGCAAUAUGUAACAUUUCAACGUAUCUGAUUUUUUCACUAUUUAGCAUUUAUUCCUUAUUUAGUUCUUUUCUGUUCAUUUAUUCCUCCACUAUCAAAAGUUGGAAAACUGUCAUGUGGCAUACACCCAACAAAUACAAAACAUUUAUUAAACAUAGAUCAUUCAAAAGUUAAGGUAUGCAUAUAAGGAGUAAUUUUCCGUCCAUAGUAGAUUGUUAAAAUAAUACAGAAAUAAACGUGUUUACGCGACGAAGACGAAAUAUCAACCUUAUGAGUCACCAACAUCUUGCGAUCAAUCAGUAACAUCUGUUAGUACAUGUAAAUACAUUUAUUAGUCACUUAGAUUCACAUUUGUCGCUAUUCAGAUCACGUUUAAGAUGCAGAGGGUUUGUAAAAACAAGGACACUUUCGUUUUAAAUGUUUUCUUAAAGCAGUCCCUCAGCUUGGCUCUUUUGGAUUAGAACCAUGGCAUUCAGAUACUGCACAUCAUUCUGCCUGUUGACUGCUUUAGAUCUGUAUCGAAUAAUUAGCAUUUUUGUAUUUUCAAAUGAACUGGUUUCAAAAUGUAUGUAUGUUUUAAGUAUCGUUGUUGAUCAUUUGGCAACUAAACAAUUAUGUGUUGCAGUCUGAAUAAUGUAAUUGGUGCCAAAAUAAACUCAAAACAGGUGGAAGGAAAUAUCAAUUUUUUGGAUGUGUAUUUCAUUGUUGAAGUUAUAACUAGUAAAAUAUCGCCCGUGCGAAACAUUUUUUUCCUACUUCGAGAGUAAUGAAAAAGUAACAGCGUUUAACUGUUCACGUGUAUUUGAUGUCUCGUUUUGAGUGUUAUUCAAAUCAAAUAGAUCUUUUGAAAGGUUUUACUGGUCAAAGUAUCAAUAAUUUUGAUGUAAAGACCAUAGCUUUAUUUUCCAUAAUUCGACUUCUGCAAUCCUUUACAUUGAAGAAGAAUCAAAUUAUAAUGUAUAAAGUCACCACUUCCAUAAUUUAGAUCGCAAUGCAUUUUGGAAUACAACCCGAUCUGUUUUUGUACUUACUUUCUUUUUCUAAAUCGAAAUCCAAUGUUCUUAUUUCCAUUUUCUGGAUCGCAGUGUAUUGUAGAACAUGACCUGUUUUAGUACUUACUUCCAUUUUCCGGAUCGCAAUGUAUUGCAGAACAUAGCUUGACAUGUUUUAGUAGUUACUUCCAUUUUCUGAAUCGCAAUGUAUUGCAGAACAUAGCAUGACCUGUUUUAGUAGUUACUUCCAUAUUCUGAAUCGCAAUGUAUUGCAGAACAUAGCACAUUUUCUAAAUCACAAGUCAUUUUGAAACAUAAGGGCGAUCAGUUUUAUAGUGCUUACUUCCAUUUUCUGAAUCGUAAUGUAUUACAGAAUAGAGCGCAUUGUUUGAAUCACAUUUCAUUUUAGAACAUAGCUCUAUCAGUUUUAGUACUAACUCCCAUUCUCCAAAUCGAAUUGAAUGACACGCUUCCAAUUUUUUAUACGAAAUUUUAAAGUCUUUAAUAGUUCUAUAUGAACAUCUCUAUUUUUUAAAUGUCAUUACAGUCAACAAACUUGUCAUAUGGUCGAAUAAUUAGUUAUAAGUAUACACAGGGUUUUAAGUACAGUCUUUAUUUAUGGUUUUAGAUGUAUGUAAAUUAGAUAAGCAAAUACAAUUGUCCAUGCCUUGUUUUUAACUAACAAAUGAGUUUUCUAAUACCACAUUCAUCAUGUUCAAUAAAAAAAUCUUAAAACUU